AUGCGGGAACGUUCAGAGACACCUCCGUGCAUUUCUGAAGAUAUCAUAUUCCUCAAUGUGAGUUUCAUUCAAAUUUCCCAAAUCCUAAAUCCUGAUGCAUUUUUUUCGGGGCUUAUUUUUUCUAUAUUUUUUCUUUCUCGAUCCGGUAUGGUACUAAUUGAAACGUCCCGGUACACAUCAGGCUUCAACUUGGGUGAGCCCAACAUGUUCGCAGACUGGAUUCAUAGGAUGUUCAGGCUUGAGCUGAUGAUUGACGAGGAUGCCAGGGAGGGUGUUUUUUUGAGACUUUCGCGGAUUAGGAUACGGAUACCCACUUCAUGCAGGGAAGAAAAUAUAAUGCGACCAUUUAUAACUAGCUCUGAAAUGAUGGAAAAAUCAGACGAUGUGCCUAAUCGACAGCCCCAAGCAACCAACCAUGGGCCAAGAGUACUAUUUCUGAAGCAUCUUCUUGGAGGAGGAUUCGUGAAACUCAUAAUG